UUAGGGGAGGGGAAAACCAUGGUCCCAGACGCCUUAUUCAGUCCCAAUCUUCCCAGGCUCGUGGAGGAGGAGGGACAGUACAAGAGAGGAGGGGCUGGGCAGGGGUUCCAUUGCCGUGCAUCCCGUCCUGGGUUUGCCCCGCUGCCGCCCUCUGUAGUCUCUCAUCUCGCCCACCCCAGACUCCCGCCAUGAGUCCCCCUUGCGGCUCUGGCAUCUAUGUGAGCCGCGGGGUGGCCCUCCUGUCGGCCGGGCUGACAGUCGCGCUCUUACUGGCGCUGGUGGCUCUGGCUGCCCUGUAUGGCAACUGCGCGGGCGUCCAGCCUUCGGAGCAGCAUAUCCCUGGGGUGACGGACACCGCAUCAACCCCUCCUGGCGGCCAGGAGCAGGCACGACCAACCGGGACACCAGAGGCUGCUCAUGAACCUGUGGUGGCCACCACCUCGCAAGAUGGGCGACCCCUGUCAGGGCCCUGGAAUCAUUCACGCCUGCCGCCCUGGCUUGUCCCGCUUCACUAUGAUCUGGAGCUGUGGCCAAGGCUAUGGCCGAAUAACCUGUCCUACACGGAGAGUGUGACCUUCACGGGUCGUGUGAACAUCACUGUACGCUGCACAGUGGCCACCUCGAGAUUGCUGCUGCACAGCUUCUUUCUGACUUACAAGCAAGCGGAAGUGUGGGGUCCCCUGACCCUGGGCACUAGGAAUGCCACUGUAGGCCGCGUGCCAGUGGACAAUGUGUGGUUCGCGCAGGACACGCAAUACAUGGUGCUGGAUCUGGGCCAGGUCUUGCAGCCGGGUAGCAGAUAUGAGCUGCACCUCGGCUUCUCUGGCCAAGUGCUUCAGUACAUCUCAGAGGGACUGUUUCUGGACCUCUACACCGACCAGGGCCAGCUCAGAGGCCUGAUUGCAUCUCAAAUGGAAGCAACAUUUGCCAGGACUGUUUUCCCCUGUUUUGAUGAGCCAGCUCUGAAGGCAACUUUUAAUAUUACAAUUAUUCAUCAUCCUGGCUAUACGGCUCUUUCCAACAUGCCACAGCUAGGUCAGUCUGAAAGAAUCGACGUGAAUGGGAGCAGAUGGAUGGUCACGACCUUCUACACCACACCCCGCAUGCCAACUUACCUAGUCGCUCUUGCUAUAUGUGACUUUGACCACGUCAGCAGAACAGAGAGAGGCAAGGAGAUACGAAUCUGGGCCCGGAAAGACGCCAUUGCAAAUGGAAAUGUAGACUUUGCUAUGAACGCCACAGGUCCCAUCUUCUCAUUUCUGGAGGAUUUGUUUAAUAUCAGUUAUUCGCUUCCUAAAACAGAUAUAAUUGCCCUGCCUCAUUUUGACAACCGGGCCAUGGAAAACUGGGGGCUGUUGACAUUUGAUGAAUCAUCCUUGUUGCUGGAACCAGAUGAGGAACUGACAGAGAAAAGAGCCAGGGUCUUGGCUGUUAUCGCCCAUGAGGUUGGGCACCAGUGGUUCGGGAACCUGGUGACCAUGAGCUGGUGGAACAAUGUCUGGCUCAACGAGGGUCUUGCAUCUUAUUUUGAACUUGGGAUAAUUAACUACUUCUAUCCAAAACUUCAAAGGAAUGAGAUCUUUUUUUUUAACUUUUUACAUGGUGUCCUCAGAGAAGAUCAUUCCCAGGAGUCUAGAACUGUGUCCACUAACGUGGAAAAUUUCACAGAAACAAAUGAAAUAAAAGAACUCUUCAACAUUUAUACUUACCACAAGGGAGCAUGUAUGGCCCGGAUGCUUUGCAGUUUCCUGAGCCAGAACUUGUUUAUCAGUGCACUUCAGUCAUACUUGGACACAUUUUCUUACUCAAAUGCUGAGCAAGGCGAUCUAUGGAGACAUUUUCAAAUGGCCAUAGAUGAGCAGAAUAUAAUUCAUUUGCCGACAACGGUGAAAAGCAUAAUGGAUAGCUGGACAUACCAGGGUGGCUUUCCAGUCAUCACGUUAAAUGUGUCUACGGGCGUCGUGAAACAGGAGCCGUUUUACCUUGAAAAGACUAAAAAUCCAACUCUUGUAAGCCACAAUAACACAUGGAUUGUCCCUAUUUUUUGGAUGAAAAAUGGAACCACACAGCCUUUAGUCUGGCUAGACAGAAGCAGCAUGGUUUUCCCUGAGAUGCAACUUUCAGAUUCUGACAGUGACUGGCUGACUUUAAACUUCAAUAUGACUGGAUAUUACAGAGUUAAUUAUGACGAGUUAGGUUGGAAGAAAUUAAAUCAACAGCUUGAGAAGGACCCUAAGGCCAUUCCUGUCAUUAACAGGCUGCAGCUGCUGAACGAUGCAUUUGUCUUGUCUGAAAACAAUUAUAUUGAAAUUGAGACAGCACUUGAUUUAACCAAGUACCUUGCUGAAGAAGAUGAAAUCCUAGUGUGGUUUGAAGUCUUGGUAAACUUGAUAAACAGGGAUGUUAUUUCUGAUGUGAACAACUAUGCUAUAUACCCAUUAUUGAAGAAAUAUUUACUAAAGAGAAUUAACUCAAUAUGGAAUACUUGUUCAACUUUAAUUCGAAAAAAUGUGGCAGCAUUACAAGACAAUUAUUUAGCUCUACUAUCAGUGGAAAAGGUUUUUGAAACUGCGUGUUGGUUGGGUCUUGAAGACUGUCUCCAGCUGUCCAAAGAGCUCUUCAGAAAAUGGAUGGCCGAUCCAGAGACUGCAAUACCUCAUCCAAUUCAAAGAGUAGCUUUAUGCAAUGGCAUUGCUUUGGGUAGUGUCAAGGAGUGGGACUUCCUGUUUAGUUUUUACGUCAAUAUAACGAAGAAAGAAGAAGAGAGAGGGAGCCGUCUCAUUCCUGCGAUGUGCUGCAGUAAAGAGCCCUGGAUACUUAACAGAUUUAUGGCGUAUGUCGUCACCGUGAAUCCAAAUCCUUUUAAUAAAACAAAUGUAAUAGAGGCUGUGGCCGCAUCUGAAGUUGGCCAGUACGUUGCCAAGGACUUUCUACUCAACAACUGGGCAACUGUGUGGGAAAGUGCCUCCAGCAUGCGCUUGGAUGUAGGCCUUUCCAUAAAGAGGAAGCAAGGCUCCUUCCAGACACCAUAGGCUAGCAAACAAAGAGUCCAGUGCCAGGGAGAAGUCACCUUCAGUCUGGCUAUCUCAUUCUCUAUUCCCAGCACUUGGGAGGCUGAAGCAGGAGGAUUGCCAUGACUUCACAGCAAACUUGAUACAGCUACAUAAUGAAUUCCAAGCCAGUCUGGGCUACAAUGGAAGACCCUAACAAACAACAAACAAGAAACAACAACAUAAGACUAUCUUGCUCGAUCUCAUAGCCACUAGCUAACAUGUAGAUAUUUCAAUUUACAUUAAUUAACGUUUUUAAAGGUUUAAAUUCACUCUCAGUUCUAUUAUCCCUGUUUGAAGCAUCCAGUGUGACAAGAGGCUGCCAUAUUGGACAGCCUAGCUAAAGCACAUCUCCAUUGUGGUACAGAAGUCAGUGGGGUAACACUGAUGAAACCAAACUAGUCCCUCCAUCAUUUUGUUUCACGCAAAGACUGAGUGCAAAUUAAAGCUUCAGAUGGCAUUAAGCAACUCACUAAGUCCUGAAAUAAAUGUACAGUGUCACCUGGGCCAUGGAGAGAGCUCGUGUCCUGCUGUGAUGCUGUCCUCACACUGGCACCUCGUUAGCCAGCAACUCGCUAAACUGGAAAAUAAACCAUGAGAACUUGUUUCUAGCCGAAGAAGUUAUUCUGCCACAUGUGCCAAUAGUGACGUCAAGAGUAGCAGAAACCGGGGAGAGACAUACAAUGAUAUUUUUUGGGUACUUGUGCAAUUUUUUUUCUGCACCGAGUCUGUGCCCUACCUCAAAUGCCUUAAUAAUGGGAAAGGCUGCUUUUAAUUUCGGUGGCUUCACAUCUAAUUUUUAUUUCUCACAAGAAUUUUUCUUGCCUUUGGAGAACAGGGAAAUGUUGGCAAUUUCCUACUAAGGCUUAAAUUCUACUCUCAACAAAGUUGAUUGUCUCACAAUUGAUUUAUCUAUAUAAGCACAUUAAAUGCAAUUAUAGAAGGAAUCCCUAAAACUAAACUUCUAAAUGGGUCUUACUAUCUUCAUGAAGUUUUUAGGAUUAUUAGUGCAGUAACUUUUAAUUGUGGCGUCAUUACUUCUGUAUUUUAUUCCAGUGAACACUGAAUUUAUAGAAGUGAAAGACCCCCUUGUGCCUGAAAGACCCCUGUGCCCAUGUAUUAUGUUAAACUCUGCUGAAAUUUAGCUGACCCCCCCCCCCGGCUCAGUCGAUGCUAAAACAGGAUAUCUAUGGGUUGCAGACUCACUGACUAGGCUGAGGAGAGGGAAUAAUCCACCCUCCAAGACCCUCUAUCUAAACUGUCAACUUGCUGCAGGGUGCUUUUUCUAGCUUUGUGGUUUUUCGGGGAAAUUCGAGAACAGACAUGGGGCUGUCCCCAGGAUGAGCUAAGCCCGCCAAUUUAAGAACCAGUGAAAUACUUGUGCUAUACUACCUUCUUCUGUAAUCAUUUUUCCCUAUAAAUAUGGCUGCUUGAAUUUUCUUGGUGUGCUCAGUUGGCGAAAGCUGCUGACACACCCGCAGGCGCCUGUGUGAUCAAUAAAGAAACCUCUUGCUUAUUGCAUCUGUUGGCUUGGAUUAUUGAGUCUGGGGGAUCUCUCCCACUGCCCCUGAAAUUGAGGGUCUUUCGGAAGAUGCUAUAUUUAUGGCAAAUUGAAUUUAGUUCACUCAUUUUGCACAUUCUACUACAAAGAGUGUUUUAUACUCAAUUAAAUUUGCUUCAAUUUAAAAAUAAAUGUAAU